CAUUGCAAUAAAUGUACAAUCUUUCUUCUUCUUCACCUAUACGUACAUGCUACAAAUAUAGAAAAUUGUGGUUUGAAAAGAAAAAGAUUUACCAAUUUUGUGAUUGUCAUUUCAUAAAUGUCAAAGUCAUCGUUGAAUCCGGCGAAACCAAGCUAGUUUGUUAAUUUUAUACCGAAUUAAUAUAUUAAAAAUCUACAUUUACUACAUAUUUCUUGUAGAAAAUAGUAAUUAUUUCAUAAAUAUGGCUCGGCGUUAUGACACACGUACCACUAUUUUCUCGCCAGAAGGGCGUCUUUACCAAGUUGAGUAUGCCAUGGAAGCCAUCAGUCAUGCGGGUACAUCUCUUGGAAUUUUGGCCACUGACGGUAUACUCCUGGCCGCCGAACGCAGAAAUACGAACAAACUGUUGGAUGAAGUGUUCUUUUCUGAAAAAAUCUAUAAGUUGAAUGACGAUAUGGUUUGUUCUGUCGCCGGCAUUACUUCCGACGCUAACGUGCUCACAAACGAACUCAGACUUAUUGCUCAAAGAUAUUUGCUGCAGUAUGGAGAGUCUAUUCCUUGUGAGCAACUGGUCUCAUGGCUCUGUGAUGUAAAGCAGGCAUACACGCAAUAUGGAGGUAAGAGACCUUUCGGUGUAUCUAUCUUGUACAUGGGAUGGGAUAAGCAUUAUGGCUACCAGUUAUACCAGUCAGACCCAAGCGGCAAUUACGGUGGAUGGAAGGCUACAUGCAUUGGGAACAACAGUGCGGCUGCAGUAUCAAGUUUGAAGCAAGAGUACAAAGAAAACGAGACAACUCUAGCUGAAGCCCAGGCUCUAGCCAUCAAGGUCCUCAGCAAGACUCUAGACAUGACUAAACUAACUCCAGAAAAAGUGGAAAUGGCGACUCUAACACGCAAAGACAACAAGACAAUAAUUAGAGUGUUGACUGGUGCUGAGGUUGAGAAACUGAUCGCAGACUUUGAGAAGAGUGAGGCAGAAGCCGAGGCUGCGAAGAAACAGCUAGCUAAAUCUUAAUAACUAUAUCUUUAAUUAAGUAACUUUUCAUUUCGUACAAUAAAUGUUUUACAACAUA